AUGCUAGUGUUGUGCGGAUACUCACAGUGUGUCAGCUGCUUGGUGCUCUGGUGCGGAGUCGAGAGGCAACAGCAAGCCUACCUCCUCUUCCACAGAGAUGGCACCAAGACCUCCGACACAGGCUAUGCCACCUUCGCCUGUUCCUCCCACUUCAUUGGUGCUGACAACCGCAUCUACAACAAAGCUAUCGGCACCGACAACUCUACUGCCAAAACCAUCAGCAUUGUCUACUGCGACGCCAAAACUCUCUGCACCAACCUCCUCGGCGCCGAAGCCACUGGCACCACACCACUUCCUUCAUCAGAAGGACCUAUUAGUUUCUCCACAUUGUCUCUUACAGGUUCCCCUCCAUGUCCCCGGUGGCAUCGUAUUGCUGUAGGGGUCGGAUGGGCUGGGAACAUCAUCCUGACAAUAGCUGUGAUAGCUCUGGGGGUUUGGGUUUCCCAGUUGCAUGUCUCUUGUGAAGGACAGAUCAGAGGAACUCUGAAUACGUCGGAGAAUAACGAAACCAGAAUCGUCAGUAGCACGGAAUGCUCCUGCCUGGAGGAUUUCCAGUCUCGCUUGAAACCAAUUCUAUGUGAACCCCAAAAUGGCAGCUUGGCAGGGGGCUCCGGGUGCAAACUCUGCCCCAGGGACUGGCGGCUGCAUGGGGACAAGUGCUACUGGCCAUCUAAGGAGCGUAAAAACUGGACUGGGAGCCGUGACGACUGCUCGGGGAAGAGCGCUCAAAUGCUCGUGAUCCAGAACCAGGAGGAGAUGGCUUCCAUACAGGAUGUUGUACAAGAUGCAAAUCCCAUCUGGAUUGGCCUUAAAGUGACACCCCCAGGGAAGGAUUGGACCUGGGUGGAUGGUUCCCCAUUAGAUCCAAUGCUCUUCUCGGUCUCGGGCUCUGCUGAAGGGAACAGCUGUGGCUGGAUAGGAGACAGCCGGAUUCAGUCUGAGACGUGUGGUGCUGAGUUCAAAUGGAUCUGCCAGAAAGAAGCUGCCGCGAUAUAAACAGUGGAGCGGAGGGACACAGCCCUGCUGUUUGCAAAGUCCACAAAAGAGGGAAUUUACAGGAAGAAACCAUCUCUCAAUUUGCACCUGGUUCACUAUGCAAAUAGGCAUCCAGCUACAGGUACACACAACAUACAGCUGACUAGACAGGGAGAUAACCUCAGUUACCACCUGCCUGAAAAGAACAUUUGAGGUACAUCAUCUCCUGGUGACCUGCCUUAACUGCAAGACCUUAAGGGCAUCAUUCCACUUUAAUUGAAUUGUUUUGUUAGCACUGGCCCUCCACAUGGUAAGGCAACUCCCAUCUUUUAAUGUACUGUGUAGACAUACCU